CACCAUUGCCCACAAAAGCAAUGAAAAGAAUUUCGAGUAAGAAAGACUCAUUAUUUAAGAAGAUGAUUGUUAAGAAAAAACAGUUAGUUGAUAAAAGUCGUCCACGCAAAAUGGACGAAUUUGAUGCUGUACAGUGCAAUGUGCUUCUUAAAUAUAUUGAACGGUUUGUGAUUGUCGGGUUUGACGACCAUAUCCCAACCGAUUAUCAAAAGAUCAUUAAUGAUCUUAGAGGCGCCAUUCCUGCCAAUAUUCAAAACACUACGAUUGAAUUGGGAUCCACGUCUCCAUUGCUUGGUAAUGCAAUUUAUAACACAGCGUAUGCCGCUGGGAAAAUGAGUUUAACGCAAAGCGACCAGCUGCAAACUCUAUUGAACGCUAUAAUGAACCUGUUUGAACAAUAUCGUCAACCGUCACCCCUUUCCGUUAAAAUAGAUAGCAGUGCAACAUCAUCAUCACCGUCCAGCCUAUCAGAAGCAUCGUAUCAUAAGAUAAGAUAAGAUAAUCAUUUAUUUAGCGACUAGCUAUUAUAAAUACAAUUUACAAAUUCACAGAAAAAGGACUACAAUACAGCACAAGUCAUACUUCAAAUCAAUUUAUAACCAACUUUCGUCUCCGAAUAAAUAAAAAUCACAAAUUUAUGCUGACGUCCUUUAAACAACUUCUCAAUUUACUCUUAAAAACUCCACUAUUCGCUUCGUUCCUCACUUCACUCGGCAAUGAAUUGAAUUCAAUGAGCCCUUUAUGGAAAACAGAAUUACGUGCCUUCGCGCUCCUUUUGCAAGUGAACCAGAAGUUGCGGUUUGACCUCGUUGGGAAGUGAUGGAUAUCACUGUUGAAUGUAACCAUAUUGCACAGAUAAUUGGGUAGGACACCAAAUUUGAGCUUGUGGAUGAAUUUCAAUGUCGUUUCGUGCACUCUUUGUGAAUCAAGCAUUGUCCGUGUAGGUGUAAGUUUUUUGCACAUUAAGAUAGAUCUCAUUGCACGGUUUUGAAGCACUUGCAUCCGGUUGAAUGAUGUCUC